CCUUUGAGUUGGCACCGUCAUGCACUUAAACUCAUAGCUGAUGCCCGCCCGGAAGGACUGCUCCAGGAUCAAAGCAAGGAGGCAGACAGAAGAUGCUGAGCUGUGACAUGUGUGUGAGCUGAACAAGGAUGUAAUGGAACAAGAUAAUCCGAGGCUACAGAAGGAUUGCUACCUGUUUCAGCAAUAGCCCUGCAUCCUCAAAGAUGACAUGCUCGUGAUGCCUCUGUGCAUUCCAGAGGCCCACCUUGGCAGCUAGAGGAGAGGUCGGCCUCCGUCACCAUGACAGUGUUGCCACGGGCCGUGGCUUCCCUGGCUGUGCCCGGCCUUAUCCUCUGUUUUAUCACUCUUCCAUUUCCUGCUAUACAAUCCCAGAGGUCCCCUCUCCCCACAGAGCCCUCCCCCACCCCAGCACCCCACACAAGGCCAGAGUGUACCCGCCUAGAGCACCCCGUCAUCACUAUUCAAGCUCUAAGUCCUUUAAUCUCCAGUUUCUCCUUUCCUGGUGUAAGAGACUACUCUCAGUUGACCCUUGACCUCACCAGGAAUGAACUUAUAGUGGGAGCAAGAAACUACCUCUUCAGGCUGAAUCUAAACAACAUUUCACUAAUUCAGGCAACGGAAUGGGGCCCAGACGAAGACACCAGGAGGUCCUGUCAAAGCAAAGGCAAGACGGAGGUGGAGUGUCAAAACUACAUCCGGGUGUUGCUUGUCAACAAGACAGAGGUGAUCACCUGCGGUACCAAUGCUUUCCAGCCGCUUUGCAUCACCAGAGAGGCAGGGAACAUGAGCAGAGUGUUGGAGAGGGUGAACGGAGUGGCCCGCUGCCCUUAUGACCCCCGUCAUAAUUCGACUGCUGUGGUGACCGAAAGCGGAGAGCUGUACGCCGCCACGGUCAUCGAUUUCUCUGGCCGGGACCCCGUCAUCUACCGCAGCCUAGGAGGAAUGCCGCCCCUGCGGACCGCCCAGUACAACUCCAAAUGGCUUAAUGAGCCUCACUUCAUCUCGGCUUACGACGUGGGUCUUUUCACCUUCUUCUUCUUGAGGGAAAACGCAGUGGAACACGACUGCGGUAAGACGGUUUACUCACGGGUGGCACGGGUGUGUAAGAAUGACAUAGGAGGCCGCUUCUUGCUGGAGGAUACGUGGACCACCUUCACAAAGGCCCGACUCAACUGCUCACGAUCGGGAGAGAUCCCAUUCUACUACAACGAGCUACAGAGCACCUUCUAUCUGCCCGAACAGGAUCUCAUCUAUGGCAUCUUCACCACCAAUGUGAACAGCAUUGCUGCCUCUGCAGUUUGUGCAUACAACCUCAGCGCAAUCACGCAGGCUUUCAACGGGCCCUUCCGCUCCCAGGAGAACCCACGCUCCACGUGGCUGCCAACUCCGAACCCCAUCCCUAACUUCCAGUGUGGGACCAUAGAGGAAGAAGGGCCUAAUGAAGGACUGACUGAACGCAGUCUGCAGGACGCCCAGCGGCUCUACCUCAUGAAUGACGUGGUUCAGCCUGUUUCUGUGGACCCGCUGGUUUGGCAGGAUGAUGUGCGGUUCUCUAAGCUGGUUGUUGACAUUGUACAGGGGCAGGAUACUUUGCACCAUGUCAUGUACAUAGGCACAGAGUAUGGAACUAUUCUUAAGGCCCUGGCAACCACAAAUAAGAGCCUGCAAGGUUGCUACUUGGAGGAGAUGCAGCUCUUCCCUCCGGGUCUGCGGGAGCCAAUCUUGAGUCUUCAGAUUCUCCAUGGUGACAGGACUCUUUUUGUGGGCCUGAAUGACAGAGUGCUAAAGAUCCCCCUGGCGAGGUGCUCCAGCUACAAAACAGAAUUGAUGUGUUUGGAUGCAAGGGACCCUUACUGUGGCUGGGACCGAAAGCAGCGCCGUUGCACCACCAUAGAGGACAGCUCCAACAUGAGCCAGUGGUUCCAGAACAUCACUGCCUGCCCGCUGAGGAACCAAACCGCAGAUGGUGCAUACGGGCCCUGGGCUCCAUGGCAACCCUGUAGCCAUGAUGACGGCGAAGGCACCAGCACGUGUCUAUGCCGAUCGCGGGCAUGCGAUAGCCCGCCCCCUCGCUGUGGGGGUAAAAACUGUGAGGGUCCCACCAUUGAGGUGUCCAACUGUUCAAGGAAUGGAGGAUGGACACCCUGGUCAUCCUGGGGCCAGUGCAGCACAAGCUGUGAGAUUGGGUUUGAAGUCCGCCAGCGAUCCUGUAACAAUCCUUCGCCCAGGCAUGGCGGCCGAGUGUGUGUGGGGCAGAGCAGAGAACAGAGAUUCUGCAAUGAGAAGGUGUCGUGCCCUCAGCCCAUCUUCUGGUCAUCAUGGUCGCCCUGGUCCAAGUGCAGCUCAGAGUGUGGAGGAGGGGUGCACUCUCGCUCCAGGAACUGUGAGAAUGGAAAUAGCUGUCCAGGAUGUGCGCUGGAGUACCAGGCAUGUAAUCUGGAGUCCUGUCCGGAGGUGCGCCGAAACACCCCAUGGACCCCUUGGGUUCCGGUCAACAUAACCCAGGGAGGGGCACGGCAGGAGCAAAGAGUACGCUACAUCUGCCGGGCCCAACUGGCUGACCCUCAUGAGCUUCAACUGGGCAAGCGUAAAGUGGAGACCCGCUUCUGCCCCAAUGAUGGGACAGUAACCUGUGAAACAGAUUCUCUAGUUGAGGAGCUUCUCAAGACGCCUGGUGUACGACUGACAGGCUCUGGCUGGUCAUCGUGGGAGAUGUGGUCAGCUUGCACUCAGGAGUGUGCCAAAGGCUACCGCACUCGCAAACGCACCUGCACCAGCGCUGAGGGCAAAAGCGUUCCCACUGCCUGCCGAGGAUCUCCAGUAGAAUAUCAGGACUGCAAUCCUCAGCCCUGUCCAGUUAACGGCGCCUGGGCUUGCUGGUCAUCAUGGUCACAGUGUUCGGUGCCCUGUGGAGGUGGGCACUACCAACGAACGCGCACAUGCACCAGCCCCACCCCUGCCAAUGGAGGGGACAUCUGCAUCGGCUUGCACACAGAGGAGGCUCUUUGCAACACACACACCUGUGAUGGUGGGUGGAUGGCCUGGUCGGUGUGGUCUGAGUGCGAUGACUCGGGCCUGCAGCUGCGCAGUCGAGUGUGCGGGGCUCAAUCCACACCAUGUGUGGGAAACAGCUCCCAGCACCGAGACUGCAAUGAGAUCCCAGCCAUUCUCCCGGCAUCUAGCUAUGAGAAGGACCAGCAGUGUGGGGGGUUCACUCUGCUACACCUGAUAGCCACAGGCGUGUCGUGCUUCCUGGGUGCAGGUCUGCUGUCUUUCCUGGUGUACGUGUACUGUCAGCGGUUCCACAAGCCCUCACAGGAGUCUGCCGUCAUCCACCCAACCACUCCCAACCACCUCAACUACAAGGGCAACACCACACCAAAGAAUGAGAAAUACACACCCAUGGAGUUCAAGACUCUGAAUAAGAACAAUUUGCUGCCGGAUGAGAGGACCAACUACUUCCCUUCACCGCUUCAGCAGACGAACGUGUACACCACCACAUACUACCCCACAGCGCUGGGCAAAUACGACUACCGACCAGACUCCUCGCCGUCUCCUUGCAGAACCUAUAACCACAGCUGAGACACGUGUCCCAUCCGUAGCUUUAUCGCCAUGGUGACAAGGCCGCUCCGGACAUCUCCUAAAACCCUCCACUUUUCCCACCCACACACUCUGCACCCGACGAGGUGCUCGUUCCAACAUUCCAGCUGAUUUUUUCCCCAAGAUCUCUCCCCUCGAGGACCGCGUCACCUAAGUCAUGCCUUACGGUGUUCAGACGGGGAAAAAGUCCAGUGAUUCAAACAGCACUUUUUAAAGAUUGUGUAGCUACACUGACUUUGAUAAACUGAUGUCUUGAUUGAUUGCUGCAGAACUCCCGUUACUGGAAGGAGGUUUUGCUGAAGCUCAAGGUGGGAAGACAAAAUUGCGCUGGCAUCCCGUACCACCCCAACAAUAUCCAUUACGGGAAAUGCAAUCUGCCGCACUGUGGCAGUUCUUUUUGAAACCACACAAGAAGAAUAGACGGACACCAGACAAAAGAGAGCAAUCAAUGGUGACAUUAUUAGGUUUGGUUAGAACGGCGGAAUUGUGUUACCUUUGGAUGCAAAUGUAAGGACGUCCCACUGACUUCCGACCUUUGAGGGCAAAUCUCUGACAAAAGAGGAUGGGUGGCAGGAUCAAUGCAUCUCCUGGGUGAACUGUUCAGAGUUCGGAACCAAGCUGCAAAAAGAGAA